AUGCGCCCAAUUUCACGAGCCGCAUUGCGGUCAUACGUCUGCCCGUCAUGCCGACAUGGCAUUGGCGCUGGUCGGCGACGAUUCGGUACCAAGACUGACCAGGCCACCGAUAUCUACGAUGUGGUCUGCGUCGGAGGUGGUCCGGCGGGCCUAGGGCUUUUGGCUGCUCUUCGAGCUUCCCCCGUUACAUCGAAGCUCAAGGUUGCCCUCAUCGAAAGCCAGGAUCUCAACAAGGCGCGAUCCUGGAACAUGGACUCGACACAGUUCUCCAACCGAGUUAGCAGCUUGACGCCCUCGUCCAAGGCUUUCUUGCAAAAGAUCGGUGCUUGGGAGCACCUGGAUACGCAGCGUGUGCAGGAUUACCAGGAGAUGCAGGUGUGGGAUGGCGAGAGCGGAUCCCGAAUAUCGUUUGACUGGUCGAUGGAAACGCCUGCAUUCGAGGAUCCGCGCACCGUGGCAACGAUGACGGAGAAUGCAAACCUGGUGCGCGGUCUUUUGGGUAGAAUUGCGGCAUCUGGAGACGAGAAUCUGACGCUCUUCUCCAAUACCACCGUUGCUGGUAUCGAGAAUGGAACGGAUCUACAAACCGAGGGACCGGACCUGUCAGCUUGGCCCGUCCUAUCUAUCAAGCCCACCGGAGCUGCCGCAGAGACCCAGCCAUCCUCUCGAAUCGCGGCAAGGCUUCUAGUCGGCGCGGACGGAAUCAACAGCCCCGUCCGCUCGUUCGCCGAUAUCCCAACCCACGGCUGGGACUACAACCGACACGGCAUCGUGGCUACUCUCUCCCUCGCCGACCCCGACACUCCUCCAUUCCCGGCCAACAUGCGCACAGCUUACCAGCGCUUCCUCCCAGCACUCGGUGGCCCAAUUGCUCUCCUCCCUCUUCCCAACAACAACGCCACCCUCGUCUGGUCCACGACCCCCGAGAACGCCGCAUACCUCAAAUCCCUCCCCACACCGGCCUUCCUGGCCAUGGUCAACGCAGCCUUCCGCCUGUCUAUGACAGACCUCAAGUAUAUGGUGGGCAUGGCACAGCCCGCGUCAGAAGCUACAUCCCAUGAAGACGAGCUCUCCUGGCGUCUUCAGCACACCCCUAUCCCCGCACACAUCCCACCCUUCGCGACGGGUGUGCAAACAGGCACCGUCGCAUCCUUCCCUCUCCGCUUCCGCCACGCAGCGCAGUAUAUUUCGCCGCGUGUCGCUCUCGUCGGCGACGCAGCGCAUGUCAUUCAUCCUCUGGCCGGCCAGGGUCUGAACCUGGGUCUGGCAGAUGUGGCCGCGCUCUCGCAGACGAUCGAGUAUGCGGUCUCGCACGGUAUGGAUAUCGGUGAUCUUUUGACGCUGGAGCGGUACUCGUCAGAGCGGUACCUGACUAAUGCCAAGAUUGGUGGUGCUUGCGAUCUGUUGCAUAAGAUGUAUAACAUCCCCGGCCAGGGGCCCGUUACCUGGGCCCGUAGCUUGGGUCUGGAUGUGAUUGAUAAGCUGCCGUUUGUUAAGUCGUUCUUGAUGAAGAAUGCCGAGGGGUACUAG